GAUCAGAGGCCACGUUGAGUUCGGUUUGUUUGCUCCGAGCACUGUAAUUAUUAUUGUCGAUUGAUAAAAAAAAAAAAAACGACCAAAAGCAGUGUGCCAAGUGCUACAAUUUAUAAACUAUAAUUGACUAUUUGAAGCAGAUAAAAUAAUAACACGAAAUGCUAUUAAGUAACGCAAUUGGUUGACUAAACUGAGUUGAAUAAACAACAGUUUGAAUAAACUCCGUUCCCAACUCCUACUCUAGGCACCAGUCAAGAUCAGUGACCACCCAGUGAUGCAACAAUAUUAAAACCUUGCCAUUAACGAUGACUGAUUACAAAACUGGCAGCAGCAGCAGCCCGGCCAGCUAUUACAACAACAACAUCAACAUCAGCAGCAACAAUAACAGCGGCAUACUAAAAACGCCCAAGGAGCCAACAGAGACCCAGCAACAACAAUCAAAGUAUGACGAACAGCCACCCAAGCAGACAACAACAACAACAACAACAACAACAGCAGAACGAGGCGGAGGUGGAGGAGAUGCCAUAAAAAAGAAGCGACGGGAUAAGAGCGACUUGGGCGAUGAUUUUGUGGCGCCCGAUGGCGGCUGGGGUUGGUUGGUGGCCAUCGCCAGCGGCGUCAAUAUUCUUGUCACUUUCGCAUUGGCCCAACAGUUUGGCAUCAUCUUUCGCAGCCACUUCACAAAUUUGGGACUCAGCAGCUCCGAGCUGACCACCAUUAUCAACACACAGAUCGCUGUCUCUGCCUUCACAGGUCUGCUCAAUGGUCCCCUGUUCCGUCGGUACACGUAUCGAGUGGUGGCACUGGUUGGCUCUGUGCUGACCUUUGUGGGUCUGUUCUGGAUGGCGUUUGCUGACACCUUCACCACAUACCUGUUGAGCUUCUCGAUUUUCUAUGGGUUUGGACGUGGACUGACGGUGUCUGCCUCCUCGCUGGCUGUCAACACAUAUUUCAAGGUGAAGCGACGCACGGCAACCGCAUAUCAGUUUGGUGUUGCCGGUCUGGGGCCGAUAGUGUGCCCCUAUUUUGCCACCUACAUGCUGAAAGAGUUUGGCGUCCAGGGCACAACGAUGCUGUUCGCUGGCGCCUCGCUGCACACGAUCGCCUGCUCGCUGAUCUAUCAGCCGGUCAAGUGGCAUGUGGUGAAGCGGGACAGGGAUGCGGAGGCGUUGCAGCCACCAAAGACACAGGCGCUCUUGGAGGAAGAGGACGAUGAUAUCAUCAAGCAUGUCGUUGAGCCAGAGACACCGGUGUUGCCACGUGCCAACGAUGGCUGGUUUGGAUCGCGUGCCUCGCUCAACAGCGCCGGCACACGUAAUCGAUUCAACACUUGGGACAAACAGCAGGCAGCUGAACAUGGCCCACAUGCCCACAUGGAGCUGAGGCGUCUCAGUAGUCGCGACUCUGGCGGCCGGAAGCAGCGCAGCAUCUCUGUCAGCCACAGCAUCAAGGAGGAGUCACAUUCCCUGGCGAACGACGACAUGUCUGAUUAUGAAUAUGAGAAGCAGCCGGCCGACAAACCGGAACAGCAGCCAUUAAACACAUAUCCACUGCUGACGGCGAAGGCCCAACAACAGUUGGAGGAUGAGCGGGAGAUGAGCCGACGCAAGAAGUUGUCAUUUUUCCAGAAGAUUGUCAUCUUCUUCGAUCUGGAUCUGUUGCGGGACAUUACCUACGUGAAUCUGGCCGUUGGCAUCACACUGAUUAACUUUGUGGAAAUCAAUUUUGCCAUUCUGACACCGUUCAUACUCAGUGAUUUGGGCUUCAAACCCAAUGAGAUUGCAUUUGCGAUGUCGCUGCUGGGAUUCUUUGAUUUGGUUAUACGCUUCCUGAUACCGCUGAUCACCGCCAAGUUCAAUUGCAGCAAUCGCACCUUCUUUGUGAUUGGCAUACUUGGCAUGUGCUUUGGCCGCGUCCUGCUCUCGAUGACCACCAACUUCACUGUGAUGGCGGCCAUCUUUCUCUGGCUGGGCUUGAAUAAGGCCUUCCGCACCGUCUUCUGGUCCUUGAUCAUACCCAGCCAUGUGCCACUGAAACGUUUACCCGCCGCCGCCGGACUUCAGCUGCUGAUGUCUGGUACAUUUUCGAUGGCAUUCGGGCCCGUAAUCGGUCUGAUACGGGAUGGAACCAGCUAUGCCUUCACCCUCAACUGCUUAAAUGCGCUCUGCGUAAUGGCGAUUGCCCUUUGGUAUCUGGAGGAUUGCAUCCGUGCCAGACGCCGCAAAUCAGGAAGUCCGCCAACCAACACGUAACCCCUCCAACCCAUCCACAUAGCGUCGUUUAGUGUUUUUUUUUUUUUUUUGAUUUGAGUUCAUAUUAUUAUUAUUAUGAAUCAUAUAUGUGUGUGUGUUCUUUUUUUAUCGUUGUAUUUUCUUGUAUAAUGUAAUGUUUGUACAUUUUUGUAUAUAAUUGAAUUGAUAUGUAGCAAAUUAUGUUUAAUAAUUAUAAUAACUGUUAACAAUAUGCGUAAGCUAUCCAAUUUUGAAAAA